AUGCCAGCGGAUAAACAAACGAAACCGAACACUUCCAAACCACUUACGCCCGCCCUCAGUUCGAACUUCCGUAAUGUCAAGAAUCCUUUGACCCCUCGAGUAAUCGGCUCUGCCCAAUCGUCCCCGACAUUAUCUACUCGCAGAGAGCCUUUUGUGAGGUCCAAAUCUCCUGGGAAGCAGGAUCAGGUGACGACACCUCUGAACGGAAAUAUCACGCCUCGAUCAGGAACAAGACAGUCACGGAUCGGCACCGAGUCACCUUCGACUCCUGCACCUGUCAGCGGGGCCAACAAUGGCGCCCUCUGGAGCGAAGGCUCUCGGAAAGAGGUCUCCAAACCUGGCACAGGCAAGAUCCAAGGACUGGGCAUCAACACCGCAAGACCCGCGGUUGGCGCAGGUACACCCAUUGUGACGGUUCAUAGAAGGGUCUCGGCUACAAAGAGCGUGUCAGAUGGCGAUAAAGGCGUGUCUGCGAAGUUCUUCCAUGCGAACGAUGCAAAGUCUACGAUAAGUUCUCCUGGAUUAGACGGAGGUCCUCGCCUUCCGCCUGGUCGAGGCCACUUUUUUGUUGGCUCGCCGCCCUUGCCUAGUCCCGAAUCCAGUCAACCAUCAAGAGGACCGACAAGUGCAAGAGAUUAUAAAGAUCAUGAUGAUAAAUUCCUCCGGGCCAACGAGAUUGCUCAACAUGCUCCUCCUAAUCGUCCAACACUACCUCAAGUCUCGACUGUCAGAAUAGGCGACACAGCAACUAUAUCAAAGGGACCUUCUCAAGCCGCAGACAGCCGACCAGUUCAGUCCAGUCCCCCUCAUUCUCCAGAUAGAAUCCGAAGACCUGUUGCUGCGAUGCCACCAUCCCCUCGCAAAAUCCAGCUGGACCCCGGUUCAUCUCCUCCAGCACCAUCUCGAUCGACCAUAGACCGACCGAAGAGUGCAACAGGCUCUACCGCAUCUUCGGCUCCCAGCUACCAAGGCGGACACAGGAAGUCUAUCAGCUCAAGCUCCAUAACUAGCAUGCCUGUCAGGAGAAUGAGUGGACAGCAGACACAACGACCCCAGCCUCUAGAUCUCCGGCUUGCGCCAUCAAGCUCUCCCCGAAUAGGGGCAAACAGUAUGUUGUCUGCCGACACAUUAAGCCCCAGAUCUGUAAGCCUAGCCUCGACCAACACGGUUUCUGCAUCCAUUACCAGUGACACGGAAUGCUCAGAAUCAUAUAAAUCGGCAAUCGCUUCAAUUAACCCUGCAGAUUCUGGAAUAGACCAAGCUGUUCCUCCAUUACAACUUCAAAACGACAGAGCUGCGGAUGCACGUCGCGAACGGAAAGUUCUCGAUUUAGAGAUUUCGAACUCAUCUCUGCUGGCCAUCAACAAGACUCUGGAGCGUGAACUGCGCAAGCAGAGCGGUGAACUGCGGAGAUAUCGUCGUCUGUCUCGUUCUGGUCGUCUUUCUCUGGCAGCAAGCACGAGGACAGUCUCGGGACAGUCAAGUCACAGUCUCGGUACUCUUACCGAGCUCGAUGGAGAGAGUCAAUCACUUUCUGACCUUGACCCAGGAAGUGACUUGGACGAUCUGGAUGACGAGGAAGAUUCUCUCGUGUCCAACGACUCAAGUUCUUUGACAAGUCCAACAGCCCGAUCAAGACAACGUGCUAGGGAUGAGAGGCGAUUACUGCUUGAUCUUUCCAAACACCAUCAACUUCUCCUCGACUCUCAGAAACUUAGCCAGAGCAUCAAGCGUUGCCUCACCUGUACUGAGGAACUAAUCCGCGAUGGAAAUAGAGCAUUGGAUUAUAAGGUCGGAAUCGGCGAUGUGAAAUUAGGAGGACGAGUCUUGCAUGAUGAGGAACUCGAUGAACGUGGCUUCGACAACGGGACCGAAGAACCAGGUGAAAGGAAGGGGUUGUUAAGCCCAGGCCUGACGAAAGCAAAACUUGACGAAGCGCAGCUCUGGGUCGAUCAUACCAGUGCGGCUGCGUCGAAGAGUGAAUUCACAGCUCUCACCCUGCUGCAGGAGAUCACAGAGGCUCUAGAAUCUGACGUUGCAGAUUCUUAA